AUGCGCUUGCGUAUUGAGCGCGCGGCACGCACGGAGCAGCGACACCUUGCCGAGAAGAAACUCAGCGCGCGCGUCGAUGCGCUCCUGCAGACCUUAGCUCGCCACAUACUGGUCUGUGCCCCGCCGUGGGCUGCGCAGGCAAGUGCGAGCUCUUGGAAUGGGUCAAUUGGUCACGUCAGCGGUGCGGCGGCGCUCUCCUGGAGAGGGUGGCACGACGCAGAGCUGGCAGAUGUGCGUUCCACGAUGACGGAGGUGGAGGAGCUAGUGGAUCUGCACGUUGUCCGGCCUCGUGACGCUGCUGCGGCUACUCAUGAGGGUGGAGCUGAUGGCGUGAGGUGGUCUUCAGCCGCAACUGUGCCGAGCAGUGCCGCUUCGGCCGUACCGGUGUCGCCUGUCCUCUUUUACGAAGCCUUUGUGCGCCAACUCAUCGAGCAGCUCUUCGGCCCUGUCACGAAGACCGCCCUUUCCUCCAUGGUGUCCCCUGAUCGCACACAUGGUGUAUCUGGCAUAGCGGAAACCGAUACGGUUAUCGUGCAAGGCUCUGCCCCGGACGUCCCCUCAUCUCUUUUCCCUGCCCAAUCGGUGCUGCGCCUUCCCGCGAUCGUCUACAUCGGUUGGCACUGCGGCUACAGUCUUCUCACCUCGAUCGGAGGAAUGCUGCGCUUGGCGGACGACGAUCGUGCGGCUGGCUGGCUGGACGUCACCUCUGCAGCACUCCGCAGCCUAUUGGGUUGUGCACGUGCUCACAGCUGUGAUCCUUCUGCUGCCGCGGCCCCCGACGCGGCAGACGCUCUUCAUCACUUCAUGGUAAACGCACUGAUGCAAACGCGCUCGUUGCAGUGUCUGUGGUGGUGGUGCAGCCUGGUCUCUGAGCACGGCCACACACAUGGCUUACUGACUACUCCACCAUCAGCGCCGUCUCCCGAAACGGCACUGAACCCUCCUGAGAGCAUGAGAACGUCUCCUAGCAUAACCGCGUCAACAGCUGCUACUGCGGCUGGUGGUAGUGGCAGCACCGGUGGUGCCACGAUGCACACCUCGCUUGCCGCUAGAGAAGACUACAGAACGCUCUGGUACAUUGGCCUCGCUGAGGCGGCGGCCUACCUCGGCUCAACCACUCUACCCACUGUCGCCAACUUCCUCCACACCGCCCUGACGAGGUUUGUGUUCUCUGCUGCUGCGUCACCACCGCAGUACUGGUUGAGUCACGCUGCGCAGCUCACGGGGGCUGUGCAGGCCGUUCGCGACGUCGCAGCGCAUCUCUUUCCAUCCCCGGCACCGCCCACCCGCGCAUCUCCUUCAGCGACGUCACCCUCAUCUCAUAUUCAGUUCGCUGCGGCCACGGCCAUUUUCCUACGCCACGCAGUGCAUGAUGCGCUGCUCCCGCUGGCGGAGCGCGUGCUGGACGACCCGGCGUUGCUGCAAGGCCGCAUCGCGCUAACCGCAAAAGCUGCAUCCAUUACGCCAGGAGCAGCAGCGCCGAUGGUUGGAUGCGACGGCUGGAGCAACAGUAGCGAAGAGGAAUGGGAAGGGAUGCAGGUGAUGGAUGGCGCCAGUCGUUGUCCCUCGAGCACUGCGACUGCCGUUACCGCUGCGGCGCCUGCAGAGGCAUCACAGAGCACCCUCACCUACGCAAUCGACACACUGGAGCGCGAGUUUGGUGACUUGGUGCGUGCUGACAGCGUUGUCAUGACGCUGCGGCGGCUCUGA